ACGGUCACACUGUCGCCACUGCACACAACCAACCAACCUAGCUAGCGCUAUAAAAGAUUUGCAAAAGACGAAAACAGUGAAAGCGGGUGUGAAAAAGCAGGCGAAUAGAGAUAAGAAACAAAACUAGAAAAGUCAACGCAAGCAGCAGCGGCGCGCCGUCAAGACAGCGCUAGCCGCUGGGGCUGGUUUUAAAUGGAUUAAGUGUUUUGCCUCGCACAUCAUCAAGCAGCGAGCAGAGAUAACAAUAAACGGGGGUUGUGGGGAAGGGGCAAAAAACGAAGCACUGCUAUACGGAAGGAAACGCAAGGGGAACGGAAACUACAACGGGAACUGGAACCAUGUCUUCGGCCGUCAAUAUACAAAUCGUGUCAAUGCCAAAUCUGGCGAAGAUCGAGAACUUCUUGAAAGAUGUGAGCUAUCGCGAAACGAUCGAAUACAGCGCCAACUUCAAUACACGCCUCUGUAUCGAGCGGCGAUUGCGCUUGCCGUUCCUCGAUCCGCAGACGGGAGUUGCGCAAAACCAUUCGCAGCUGUUUAUGGACAAGCGACAACGAAUGCCGGGCUUUCGUCAGGGCCAAAUCUACACGUAUCCCGCGACACGAUGGCGCAAGAGUCGUCGUCAAUAUUUGUCCAAAAUGUACAGCAGCACACACAACAACCACAAUCAUAAUCACCAUAAUCAUAACAACAACAACAACAACAAUAGGUUUCCCGAGCGUCCGUUUCAGGCGCUGCGCAAAGAGCAUGAAGCAUUGGUGGCCAGCGGCAUUAAUAUUGGCGGCGUCGGCAUCACUGGCCUAGGCCUUGCUGGCAGCAUUGGCAGCAUUGCUAGCGGUGCCAACAGCAGCAGCUCAACGCUGAGUCUCAACAUGCUGACAGGAGGCAAUGGCGGAGGGGGAGCAGGCGGCGGCGGUAGCGGUACGUCGACAACGCCAACAGUGCUGAGCACGUUGCAUAGCGAUACAACGCAUGACUUUAAUGGUGCAUUCAGUAUGGAGGAAUCAUGCUCGCUAGGCGCCGCUGGCGGCGACACUUCCGACAGCAAGGAUAGUCAAUUGCAAACCCAACAACAGCAGCAGCACCACCAACAAUCAUCAAAGGAUGAGCUGCCCAAGGAGUGGUUCUACGAUGAAAUGGACAUGAACGAUGUGGACUCACUGGAGGAACCAAAAUCACCGGCUGACGAUGAAUACGACUAUGAUCCGCGCUAUGGCAACAAGAAGCGACGCAAGCGACGCCCCGGAAAACGGGCCGCAACAACACACACUAGCGGUGACACGUCCAGCGCCGGCAAUAGCAGCGCGGCCCGACGACGCAGCGCAGCGACACGAACGCGUAUCGCGACCACAGAUGCCGCACUCGAUGCCUCACUGGAUGCCAUCGAGGCGGGCGAACUAGGCGGUGGCAGCGGAGGCGGAUCAUCAGCCGCCAAUAGUGGCGGCGGCGGUGGUGGUGGUAGCAGCGGCCGCCGAUCUCGUGUGGCAGGCGGCACACGAGGGCGACGACGUGCCAACAACAAGGCUGGCACAAUGUCAAGCGGCACAACGUCUAGCGGUGGUGGUGUUGGUGGCGGUGCCGGAGGUGGUGCGAGUGGCAUGCCCAACAGCAGCAGCAAUACAUGUGAUCCGCCCAGUCCGGGCCUGGUUAAUGAGCCGCCAUCGUUUGAGAGUGCUGCUGCUGCUGUAGGUGUCGGUGUGAGCGGCGUUGCUGGCGAGGAUGGCAACGCACAUUUGCGCAAUUAUCGCAAGUAUCUGUAACAUCAUCAGCAACAGUAGGUGGCACCUACAAAAGCAACCUGCCAAUCAACCAACUAAGCAACCAACCAACCAACCAAGCUAGACCUUUCAUCAAUCUAUCUACCUACCAAACUAUAAUGUAUAACUACGUAUCUGUUUAUUGCAUUCGUUUCUUUAACGGUGAUUACUAUCUAUAUAUUUUUUGCAAACAUACAUAAUAUGUAAUUUAAAGUUAGUUUAAGGCUUAGUUUAUUAGUUCCUUAUGCAAACGACCCCCACCCCAAAAACCACAAACCCCCAGCACAUUAAUUAAAAAAAGAAAACAAAAAAAAAACCAAAACCUAACUUGCAACAAGCACAACACAUCCAAGCAGGCCAGGCCAGGCAUAGAUAAA